UUUUGAAUAGAGUUGAUCGAAAUUCAGUACACUCCUUCAACUGAGACACUUAGCCUUUACCAAUUCACACAAGAGAAAUAUUUUUGAAUUAGUGCUUGGAGGCAAGUUCGCAGAGCACAAACAAAAUAUUCUAUAUAUACGUCUUUGUGGAUCUUGGAGUCUUGGACUGGAGCUCACGUUCGAUAAACCAAUAAGACACUAGAGAACUGCAAUAUUUUCAGCCCAAUCAGGAGUUUCGAGGUUCCGGGUCGAGAAGUACAUGAGGCACAAAAGAGAUUCCAAGAGGCUUCAUACUAUUUCUGGCACAAAGUGUUCAUGAAAUGGCUACAACUGAAAGAUCCUUUUCAAACAGCCCCGAGGAUCUCUCUGAUGAUUCUCUUAUUAGCAGUAAACUGAAAGAGCAAUACUUACCUGGCAUUGUUCCGCUCACAGAGGGUUCGUCAAUCCAAGUUCCUGUACACUCUAUGAUAAGAGCUUCUCAUUCCGGCCACGAAGAAAUCAAAGAUACUUUUGAUGGCCCUAGUUGCAAUCACCAAAAUGCCUCAGUCUCAGACAGCUUAUCACCUAGCAGAGCCGAGGCAAGCUCCAUUCCAAGCACUUCUGGUGAAAUGAUCAACACAUCUCCAUUAAACUUGACUUGUGUCAAAUCAAAAAGAUCUUCUUCAACCUCCAAUGACCUGUCUCAUGAACGUGACCGAUUCCGCGCUCGAUUUGAAUCCUUUAAUACCCCUAAGUGGGCGACAAUAGAGGAUCAGGAUGCCAAUGUUGAGUCGGGAUGCCAAGAAUGCGAAGAUAUUUCAACAAAAACAAAAAAGCUCAAUAUCAAACAUCCUACAGAAUGCUGUUUGGCAAAAAGUGCCAUGAAAUUGACAAUAAAAUAUUCUUCUGAUAACAAAACUUCGCCUUUGGACCGAAAAUCUACUCAAUUCAGGAAGUACAAGCAAUGCCCUGGGUCCCAGGCCACUCAAAUUCUUGACUUACGCUUCAUAACCCCAGAGCAGCUUUCAGUCGCACUUUCUUGGUACUUUAACACCCCACUCCCGCCUACCGAUCACAUGUUUCCAUGGCUACAUGGGUUGCAUCCUGAAAACUUUGCACAACGUUCUUUCUUUGGCUCCCAGACCGAAUCUUCUGUGAAUCUGAUUUCAAGCAAAGUUCACGGCGAAAGCAGGAAACCAGACUUGGCUAGAUUUAUUAUGUGCGUGGAUACGACGGGACAUUCUACUGAGGCCAGAGUGAAAACACUUCGAAAUACCGUGGCCGUAGACGAAAUCCUUCAGCGAAUUGAAGUUGCUCGAUCGGAGGCCCGGUGUCUCGUCAAAGAUUUGAUUGAUCGGCUGUUUCUUGCGAAUGAUUACUUCAAUCUUGAUGUUUCGAGCUUCACAGAAGCUAUUAUACUGGACUGCUUAGAAACGGGUUUCAUGCCCAAUUUCGUGGACUCGGACCCUAGAAGAGGAAUAUCUCUCCGGAACUUCCAAAUUCAGGUAAAUAAGGCGGCAGCAUGUGCCGACUUUAUUGUUUAUUGCUACAAACUGACACAUGAAAAGAACAGUUGCAAGUGCAUGUCUUUCGCUAGACUUCUUAAAGUGGCGCAGAUCGUUGAGGACAUGAAACAACCAUUUAAGUAUGACGUGUUCGUAUUUGGCCAACACAAGAUAAAUUUAGCUGGUUUUCCUGAAAUUUGGAGUCUAAGAGAUAAUUCUAAUGUUCUCGCGGGUACGGACGUCCGAAAGAAGACCCAGCUUCAUUUUCCUGGUUUGGAAAAACUUAAACUAGAAAUUUUUGACUCGUGGGAUGCUGACUUCCAGGUGAAGGAAAAGCUAGAAACUACUGUGAUGUCAGCUGCCUCCAAAUUGCAUCUUAACGUCUGGCUGGGAAAUUUGUGGGAUCAUCAAGUUAUGAUGCUGUUUUUGAAAGGUGAGCCAGAAUCCUACAGCGAAGAGUGUUUACAGAUCAUACCUCUUGACGAAAGCAAAGAUAAUUAUUGCGACUCUCGACUCUCUUUGUUGACAAGAUGCUCUACUAUGCCCCCCGACUCAAACAUUAUUUCACUUCUUCCACCUCCGCGAAGCCAUUGGCAGUUAUUUGUCCAUUGCCACAACGAUGCUUUGUUUCCAUCUCAGAGUUUACUAAACGAUUUGCUAUUUAAGUAUACCAUUUCGUCUCGCAAAGCCUCUGAGGUGUCCGAAAUAUAUCAGCUUGACUUCCCCUCUUCUGGAUCAAUAGGAUUUGGCGAUUGCAGACAAGAAAAUUUGAUAAGCAUUGUCAAUACCUGCAAACUACUCUACCUAUACUCGUCUUCCGUGUCAGAAGACAGCAUCGCAUCUCUAAUAUAUUGCUCAGACGGCUACACAGAGCUGACGCUCUUGAUUUUUUGCUUUCUUAUGUACGCUGAGGAUAUUCCACUCGAGACAGCCAUGCUUAAGCUCCAUUUGGAGUACGGUAGGCCAUAUUAUGCAUUCAAUUCAGAUGUUCAGGUUCUUCGCAAGCUAGAAACAAUUCUUCGAAAAUACAGCCCUAAGAAGUUAAGCGAUAACAUCAUUUGGUCUCAAGGUGAGACAAUUUCACAAAAUGAAAUUAACGAGAUUUUCUUGAAAACAAAGCAACGGAGUACCCAGGAUCAAAAUUCAAUUCCACGGAAAUUCCGAUUGGGAUACAUUGCAUCGGACUCAUCAUCAGAUACAGAUGACUCCGAUUCGGAAUGUGAAAGUGAAGAAACUGAACGCACCUCAGUUCUUGAAAGAAGUUGGGUUGAAGAUUUAGAAGGAUCCCUUCCCUCCAGAAUCUUACCUUACAUAUAUUUGGGGUCAUUAAAGCACGCUAAUAAUCUUACAAUACUCUCCAAACUUGACAUCACAAAAAUCAUUUCAGUGGGAGAGCCUCUCGAGUGGCUCUCUAAACCUGGGUUCCAGAGUGAUCAUGAUGUUGAAGUGGAAUCUGUUGGUGAUGGAAAGGUCGAAAUCUUUCACAUUAGACGCAAGCGCUUGAGACACCAGACACUCGAACCGCAAUGCAACGUGACUAGCGUGAUCAAAUUGAACAACCUUCUGGAUGAUGGGAUUGAUGAUCUCAGCAGAUCUUUACCUCAGGUUCUUGAGUAUAUCGACCAAGAGUAUAAACAAUCAGAAGGUUCGACAAAAUUUUUGAUACACUGCCGUGUUGGUGUUUCACGAUCUGCAACAGUCGUCAUUGCAGAGGUCAUGAGACGCUUGAAGCUUAAUCUUCCCCAGGCGUAUCUUUACGUACGAGUACGCCGGCUCAACAUCGUUAUACAGCCAAACUUACGCUUCAUGUACGAAUUGUUCAAGUGGGAAGAAAAGGAACGUGAAAGGUCUGUUAUCAGCCACCAAGAAUACAUCCAGUCCCCAAAUUAUGAUUUACGGGUGACUGAUUGGUUUGUAAUGUGCCGAGAAAUCAAUAGGCUAAAUAUGCCAUUCAUUCUUCCUUAAUACAGCUUGAGCCCAUAUCAUGAAUCAUAAGAUGGACAGUGAAGAAGUAUGGAAAUACACGAGGAUUUAUAAAAUCUACCGCUGUCAAUUGGUUUUGCGAAGGCACAAAUUAUUUUAAAAUUGACAAUAUCAGGUGCACUGAGUCAACUAUUUAGAUACUAGAAAAUGACACAUGCUUUUUUGGGAAGAUCCGCACCAAAUAAUUUAACCGUGUCCACGGUAAUUUGUCAUAUUAAUUAGACAUUUCAUGAAAUACCUUUCGAGUAUUUCGAUGAGUAUAUCGCCCUAAAAUACUCGGUGCCAAAAAACCGAACCUGCAAACCUAAAACCAAUUGAUCUCACAACUAUAAUGCCCUCGGCCGUUUUGCAAUUAAAUCCCAUAUACACAAUGUAAUCAAAAAGUGAACACUC